CAGUCGCAUUGUUUGAGAGCAGCGGAUCAAAAGCCCCACACCGAGAACCUCCUUUUCUCAUGGAAAUAAAGUGUCUGCCUCUCAUUCACACGAGUUUCUGUAAUGCAAAGAAGUCGAGCACGCAGGCAGACUCAACAUUACUGAGAAAAGUUACGAGUUACGCGGGACCGGAGUCCUGGAGAGACACUUUGGAGACGCGGAUCCCCGGGCGCGCACACCCGCUGAAUGAGGGCGUUUAUUUAGUCAGGUUGAUGCGGUAUUGCUGAUAGUUGACCAUGCUCGCCUCUGCACGGUGCGCGGUUGUGCUGGGGCUGCUGUGCGCGGCGCUCUCCGCGGGCGCGUCGCUGUGUCCCGCCGGCUGCGAGUGCUCGGAAGCCGCGCUCACGGUCAAAUGCGUCUCCAAAGAUCUGCGGGACAUACCGAGCGGCAUCCCGAGCUACACCAGAAACCUCUUCAUCACCGGAAACCACAUCAGCCAGAUCGGACCCGAGUCUUUCCAGGGACUGGACAACGUGACGAAUUUGUCACUGUUUAAUAACAGGAUCUCUGAAGUGAAGUCUCACACAUUUUCUAGCAUGCAGAGCCUCAGAUCGCUGGACCUCAGCAACAACCAGCUGGCCGUCAUCCAUCCUGAGGCGUUCACCGUCCAGAGCCGCAUGCUGAGGGAGCUCAACCUCAGUCGGGCUCUCUACAACCACUCGUCCGUCAUUGAUUUAGCCACCUCUCUUCGCUGGAGCAGCCUGGAAGACCUGCAGGGACUGGACCUGUCCAGUAAUGGCCUUGUCUACUUGCCCCCUGGCAUCUUUUGCCAUCUUGUCGGCCUGCGGCGCCUUCAGCUUGGCAACAACUCUAUAGUGUCCAUCCAUAACGGGACGUUCACAGGACUGGAUCACCUCCAGGAACUCGACCUCACCCAUAACGCCCUCAGGACCCUGCGUGAAGAUGCUCUAAAAGAGCUGGAGCACUUGCGUUCGGUGAGGCUCCACCUGGCGGAGAAUCCUUACACCUGCACAUGUGACAUCGAACCGUUCGCUGCCUGGCUGAACAGCUCACGAGCACGAGUGGUGGACAUCGAGCGCUUGACUUGCGUGUUCCCAGACGUCUUGCAGAACACGUCACUAAUGACGGUGGGAGAACUGGAGUUGGGUUGCCAUAAGGCGGGAGAGGGUGACAAUCUCGCACUGCAGACCUCCUACGUGUUCCUGGGUCUCGUGCUGGGAUUUGUCGGGCUCAUGUUUCUCUUUGUGCUCUACCUGAACCGCAAAGGUAUUAAGAAGCACAUCUAUGACAUGCGUGACGCAUGCCGGGAAGUCUGGGAAGGGUACCACUACCGAUACGAGAUCGACUCGGAUCCCAGACUGUCGCAAUUCUCUACAACAGCUGAUGUGUGAGCUCUUCCCAAACUGAGCUCCUUAUAUGAACUAGUUUUCUAUUGCAUUUAUACUUGGAAAACGUCCAUUUGUGUGACAAACAGUGUUACAUUACAAGUAACGCGAGUUACGUAAUCAGAUUACUUUUUUUCAAGUAUCUAGUAAAGUAAUCCAUUACUUUUAAAUUUACAAUGAAAUAUCUUUUUCAAAUAAGUAAUGCAAGCUACUUUGUUUUUCUAUUUAUUCACUGACUCCUCUCCUGUCCCGGUGUACAGUGAGGUGCAGAGGCACUUCCUUUAGCCCGAGGCUUAUUCAUUUCACUUUUGGUGUGAAAGGACCCUUAUGGUGGGCAAAAUGUUACUUUUGGGGGAGCUUUUUUGUUAUUAAAAAGCAAAUAAACAAGCCCAGCCCAGGGGACAAAAAGUAACGCAAAAGUAACCUAAUGCAUUACUUUCCAUAAAAAGUAACUAAGUAAUGCAUUUAGGUAAUUUUUAUGGAGUAAUGCAAUAUUGUAAUGUAUUUCUUUUAAAAGUAACUUUCCCCAACAUCAUGGUGGUGAAUAUUUAGACAUUUAAUUGUGAAAAGCAUGUACUGCCUGUUUCAUUGAAGCCUUUAUAACAAGCACACCUCCCCCUCAGUUCUGCACAGAAUUGGCCUUGAGAUGCAUUUGCUUCUCAGUCAUCAUGGGAUGUUUGAGGAUUAGCCCAAUAAAGGGGCAGAAGCCAUAAAGUACCUCUGACCACCACCAACAAACCCCCCACUAGUCUCCAUUGUCCUGUACGGGAACAUUGCCCACCUCUCUGGUGCUCAAGUGCCUUGUUCAUUGGAUUUAAGAGGCUGACCAGCUAUUAAGAGGAUAACCAUUAUAUAUAUACAUGUGUAAUAUGCGGUUGUGAAGUUUUGAGAACUGUUUUGUUGCAUGCUCCUGCAACCCUGUUUUUAUGGAAGUGAAUGCAGUUUUUCGCGCUGGACCCUGAGCAACCAAAUUAGCAGCCUUCUAUGGUCCUUUCCGUCCCUCUAUCCACAGGGAGUCUGUGAAGAAUGUGCCAGAUUUUCUCACCAAAAGCAUUCCAGCAGGAGGAUAACCUCCUCUAAGCUCUAGAAAGAGGAUCUUUUGAAGAAAGAGACCCAGUUUGCAGAAAUCUCCGGCUGCUUUUUUUUUUUUUUUUUCGUUUAAAAGAGACAUUUUGCUUUGUUUUUAUUCCACUCAUUUUUAUUGUCAGAAUGAUGAGAACCAGCCCUUACGAGGGCCGCUGAGCGAGACCCCUCCUCCGUCAAGCCUGUUCGCUCUUUGAAGACUCAGUCUGGCUCAGUUCCUCAUAUGUUCCCCAGCUUUUUCUGUUUAAGGGACUUCACGGUGAUAAGAUACAGAUGAAGCUGGGGCCGUUGUGCUGAAUGGUCCCCUGCUCUGUUUCUGAAUACUGUUUCCAAAUGUGCAAGACUGAAAAGAAAUAUGCUUGAUGUGUUGUGCCAAUGUGCUGGACUUCACUUCACUGUCUGGAUAAUAUGACUUUAUGCAGCAUAUGUUUGUCAAAUGAUACAGACUAUUUAGUCUAUGAGUGAAUCUCACAAAGACAGUCAGGAAUUUUCUUGUGUAAAUGAAUUUGUAUUUCACCUUAUCAAAAAAAAAAAUAUAUAUAUAUAUUUUGCAUAAAUAAAAAAGGUUUUUUUUUUUUUACUUUUUGCAUUGUGACAACAUAUUACAGUAAUAUGUGACCCUGCACCACAAGACCAAUCAU